GCAGCAGCGCGUUCACAAACUCUCCAACACUUUAGCACAGAGCUACGCUCGCGAGAAGCGGAUACGCGCCCGGUCCCGGUGAAUUGCCCUAAUCCCUGUCGCGUGCACCGUGCAUGAAAACCCGCGCAGCAAGGCCGAAAACAAGCCAAAGCCAGGUCGUCCGUUUACAGACUGUAACAUGUAACAGAACACCCGCCGGGUGUGAAGCACGAGAGGAGAGCGAUCAUUCACCGGACACCUCCACCGUUAUUCGGGACAGGAGGAGGCUGGAGAUCCGCUGCUCUCAUGCUGUCCUGACCGGACCGGCUCAGCCGUAGACUGUUGUUUUGGACCCAGCGUCAGGUCAGGUUUAUAGCGGCACAAACGCGAGGCGAAGAUGUUGCAAGUGUUGGCGUGCGGUGUCGUGCUCUUCCCCGGUCUCUUCUUCACUUUCAGAAAAGUGCUGCCGUCCAUUUUCAAGCACUGGACAGAAGCAGACGUCGUGCUGGUCAGCGAGAGACUGGUGUCAUCGGUUCACGCUGUCAUGGCCGUGACAGCAGGCAUUGUUGUGGUGUCUUCCUGUAGAGGAAACGUGAUUACAGACCGACACUGGCUGGCCACCCAUUUUGUCAUUUGGUACGGUGUGCCCUACAUGUCAUACGACAUCUUCGCCAUGUACCUCAGCCAUUACCAUCGCUUCCGGGUCAAAGGUCACGAGGACUAUAAAAGCCACUCCCUUCGAACGGUCAACUCAUUCGUGAGGAAAGAGUUCCUGCUGGUCCUCCAUCACAUUGCACUGCUCACCAUUCUGCUUCCGGUGACUCUGUUCUUCAGGAAGGACCAGGGCGAUUACUUCAUUGGUUGUCUCUUCCUCACUGAGCUCAGCACUCCUUUUGUUUCACUGGGCAAAAUCCUUAUUCAGUUGGGUUUGCAGGAGUGCUGGCUGCACAAGGUCAAUGGCGGCGCGGUGCUUCUGAGUUUCUUUAUGUGUCGCAUCGCUCUCUUCCCGUUCAUGUACUGGAAGUACGGCUCUCACUACGGCAUCCCGCUCUACAGCGUUCCCUUCCACCUGCCACUCUCCACCAACCUGGGCAACAUCUGCAUCCUGGCGCCUCAAGUCUACUGGUUCGUCCUCCUCUGCUGCAAAGGAUACCGACUCUACAAACGUCAACGGGAUGCUAAGAAUCAGGCUUCUCCACUGUCCUCGCCCGAGCCGGUCUCCGACACCAGCAAGGAAGAUUAGAGCACCAAUCACUUUUUCAUCUACAGCAAACCGACAUGCGUCACAUCUGAAGGCAGCGGCAUCACUGCUACUAUUGCGUCUACGGUUCCCACAACUCCAGACUGUUCCUGUUUAUUUUGAAUCGACACACGCACGGCUGUGCCCUUCAAGGAGUGUCUCUUAGGUCGAGUGGUGUGACCCGUCUGUUCCUUUUCUGAUUGGAGGAUCUGCUACAGUUUUGACUGAUGUCUCUCGGUGUCAUUGGAAGUAUCUGUUACAACUUUUUGUCCUUUCAUCUUCUACGAUAUGCUAGCCCUACUCAAUCUUUUAGAAGUACACUGGUUUAGAGCAGGAAAGAUGUUAAGCGGAUGGCACAACCACACACAUUUACAUUCACGCAUUUGGCAGAUGCUUUUAUCCAAAGCGACUCGCAGUGCAUCACAAGAUAUUUUUAUCACUGUCGAUUUCUUUCAGAGCCAAAUUUAAAACCCAUCCGCCGUCGCUUAUACUUUGCUUUCAGCACAAAGCUGGCAUCACCAGGUAAACUUUUCCAUGACGACAUGGCUGUUGUUUACAGCUCAUUAGAGUCGUGUGAAUGUGUUUGCACACACACUGCCCUGCUGUGACUGUUUACACUCCUCUAACACAUAGCGCCCUUUACGCUCGGGAGGCGGCUAAUGAAUUCUGCUUCUGUUCUACGAGCCUUUUUACAAUCUUACGUCCUCCCUGUCACAUGAGGGCGGUAGAGAGUUGUCCCUUAUGUUUACCACUGUACGCACGGGGCUUGAACCUGUUGGGGGUCUUUGUAGGGCGCACAAAGCACAUUACGCUUGACGAGGGCACAUUAUGUCCGGGCCAUCUCCAGGUGAUAGUUAAAGCAAUAACACAAGGGGAUUGUGGGGAAGGAUAGAAAAAUUGCCAUCCUAAACGUAAUGUUUGGGUAUCUACUUCGGAAUGAAAAGUUCUACAGAGCUCUGUAAACAGAUUUCCAUAAAUUCUAGUUAUGCUCCGCUGCAAAGUCUAUAUCACUGACUAGAAAUGGAUCUUCUCGAGUGGAAUCUUUAUGAAUUCAUUUUUUAUGUAGUAAGCAUGAAUGACUGAAAGUGGAAAUUCAUUGGUCAUAGAAGCGGGAACACUAGUAAUAAUCGCUGUCUUUAUGAGGCAUUAGGGGAGCUUGAACUUUUAGCUUUCACCCAAAAAUGAAAAUUCUGUCAUCGUUUACUCGCCCUCUUGUCAUUUUAAACCUUUUAAGACAUUCUUUCUUCUGCAGAACACGAAAGAAGCAACUUUGAAGAAUGUUGGUAACUGAACAGCACCGGCCCCCGUUCACUUCUAUUGUAUGAACACAAAACCAACGCGAGUGAAUGGGGGCCGGUUAACGACAUUCUUCAAAAUAUCUUCUUUUGUGUUCUGCGUAAGAAAGGAAGUCCUACAGGUUUGAAAUGACAAAAUGGAAGAUUUUUCAUUUUGGGGUGAACUGUCACUUUAACUGAGCCUGCGGUUUUGUGUUUUAGAUCAUUUGAUUCAAUUCAGUUUUGACGUGCAGUGUAAAUGCGUUGGAGGGAUUUCGUAGGGUUGACGUGGCCUACGAGAGUUUGUGAAGUUUCGGGGCAUCUUUCAUAAUACAUGUAGUGGACGCUGAAUGCCAGGACAUCUUAGAUGUUUUUACGACGACUUCUAGAUAAGCUUAUUUAAAAGUGCAUAGCUGUCGGAUUAAUGCAUUGCUUAUUAUUACACUCUUAUUUAGCACAUUUCUAAAACAAACUGGACUGGACUCUAGCAAGUGUGUGUGAUGUCUUGUAUAACAGUGUGCAUAAGCUCUCAGCUCACACUCUCAGAGGCUGAACAAACAGGGUCUUUGCUGGAUUGAAAGAGAGAGAACGCUUUUCUGCUUUGCCUUUUUAAAGGUUUGGUACUUUUCAAAAGUAACUAUGCAGUCUUUCAUGGUGCUGCUUCACAACUCGUCAUCCGGUUUCUUUGGGCUGCGAUGCAUUUUGGUGAUAUAUUCCAUCAAUGCAUGUUGUGUUCCUGUUUUUUUUGUUUAGUAUUUGUUUAGUUAUCCUAUAGCUUUCAAUAGUGUGUCAUUAUGUGCUUUUCAUCAUCAUUUGAGCAUUGAGUCUGUGUGUUAAAGUGCGAUGGGCUGGUCAAUGCUUAAUGCUUACAUCAUUUAACCUUAAUCUCAUUCUCUCACAGGUCAGAGUGUGUUUUGUUUGCAUUUCAUUUGUGUUGCAUAAUAUAUUAUAUCCAACGUAUACAAUAUACAAGUAUUUUAUAUAUAUGUAUACAAUAUACAAUUUCAUAAUACAUGAACAGACUUUUAGCUAGAGGUUUAAAAACAUGAAAGUUGCCUUGUGUUUAAGGCAUUAUUAACCUUUAAACCACAGGGCAGGUGUGAUGCUAUUAAUCAUAUGAAUGAAGCCUCCUCUCAGCUCAGGGUUUGGUUAAGCUCUUAUCAAUGAUUCAAUAUUAUUCAGACCUGAGAGAUGCUUCCUCUGGUGAUUUUGGUUUUCCUUCUGAGCUUUCCAACAUGGCAUGAGAUUUUUACAUCCUCCAGCUUAAGUAGACCAAAGACUGUCAUGGCACUUUGUUCAGCAGUGGAAAAGGGAAAAAUCUGUCUUGACUGACACACGGUUGAAUUGCGUUUCCCUCACUUUACCGUCAACAAAAGGUCAUAUCUCUACAAUCUUGCGUUUAUGGCUCAGGCAUUCUUCAGUCUCUGACACAAACACUGUAUUUUCUAGAAUGUUUGAUUUAGUAUCUUUUAUUUAACCGAUGUAUAAAUCUUAUGAAUCGUACGAAAACGCACAGGUUGUUUAAUUCCAAAAUCAAACAAAAGAAAAGUAAAUCAUAUUUUGCAUGAAAAAGGCGAGAAAAAGCCUAGUUUUAGAAACAGUAUUUUGUGCUUCGGGACAUUAUUUCCAUGAGACUGAAAGUGAUGGUUCACCCAAAAAUCAUUUACAACCCUCCCGUCAUUUCAAACCUUUAUGGCUUGCUUUCUUCCGCAGAACACAAAAGAAGAUAUUUUGAAGAAUGUCGGUUGCCAAACUGCACUGGACCCCAUUCACUUCUAUUGUAUGAACACAAAACCAAUGCAAGUCAAUGGGGGCCAGUUAACAACAUUUUUCAAAAUAUCUUCUGCGGAAGAAAGAAAGUCGUGCAGGUUGAUGGUGAACUAACACUUUUACAGAUCUUUAAAUGUUUCUUAAUAGUGUUUCUCAUAAUAAUGUAAAACAGUCAUAGUAAUAAUUGCAGUAAUAUUUAUUCUAUUUUUAAGCAAAAUGUAAUUUUUUUUGUUUGAUUUUGAGGUCAAAACAUGUUGUUGACAAAUAUGGUUUGAUGUCUGAAAUGAAGGACAGAAGUGAGAGAUUGGGAGGUUUAUUAGAAUUGCUUUUAGCUGCUUUUAAAACAUAUCAAACCAGACGGGACUCUCUCCAUUUGAUGGACUUUCAGUUUGCCUGAUUCUUCGAAAUGGGUGUAACAGAAGAACGAAAGGCAGGAAAACAUAUGCAGAUAAUUCAGUUUGAAAAAUGCGAGGAUGUAUAUUAUCUAGAAAGGUUUUUCCCAGAAAAAUUGUGUUUGGAAUAUCAUAAAUACAGUGCCUUGUAUUAGCGUUGUGUGCUCCGUAAACGAGCUGUGGGCAGGUGGUGUUUAUAGGUUGUGACUGCGUCUGCACACUUUUAUUUCUUAUAAAUCAGAGUACAUUUCACAGGAGACGUCUUCAUUAUCAGGCAUAGUGUAAAUUACACUUAAAUCCUUUAUUUGCUAGUUUGAUUUUUACAUUUAAUUACGUUUGUCCUUCAAACAUGCUUCCGAGUCUUAAGUUAUGAAGUAUGCUUGCUGUGUUUUAUCUUCAUAUUUGCAUAUUUAGAAAGUAACUAAGAUAAUCUGAAGGCCUGUAUUGUUUCUCAAGACAGCGUGGGUUUCACUUAGCUCAGGUUAAAUCCAUGAUCACGGACCUGGUUUGAUUUAGCAUGGAUUUAACAGUUGAGAAUCAAAAUGUACUCGUCUUCAAAUGCAUUCCUGGGUUCCAUUGAUAAAUAUUAACUCUUGCGUAGAUGUUGGUGGGGAAGGAAACCUUUCAGAGAACUAGGAUGUAGCCAGAAAGCAUGCUUGCAUUAUCUGUUUCCUGGUGAGGACGACUCGCUUCCUCUCUGUCAGCUUGGCCUCAAAUACACAGGUUUUCUAAUGCACAA